UGUUCCCUCCACGUUGUAUAAAUGUUGUGUAGGUUUGGGUUCCAGCCCAAAGCUUUCUGUCGUCACUAAUGCACGAGCAGCCUGGUAGCAGAACCAGUACCAGCAGUAGUGGUGUCCUGCAGUAGUCCUACGGUGAACUGCUAGCAUCCUGCUGUACUAACGCUGCUGCUGUUGUGUUCUGCAGGGCACCUCCGGACCCGACCCAACCACUGUGUUCGUGGACAUGAGGGCGCUGCGCCACGACAGGGUGCGACUGGUGGAGCGGGGCUCACCGCACAGCCUCCCCCUGAUGGAGUCCGGGAAGAUCCUGCCGGGAGUCCGAAUCAUCAUCGCCAACCCGGAGACCAAGGGACCAAUGGGAGAGUCGCAUCUGGGGGAGAUCUGGGUCCACAGCGGCCACAACGCCAGCGGCUACUUCACCGUCUACGGCGACGAAGCGCUGCAGUCCGACCACUUCAACUCCCGCCUGAGCUUCGGGGACACGCAGACCGUCUGGGCCAGAACCGGAUACCUGGGCUUCCUCCGCAGAACCGAGCUCACCGACGCCAGCGGAGAGCGCCAUGACGCCCUCUACGUGGUCGGCGCUCUGGAGGAGGCGAUGGAGCUCCGAGGGAUGAGAUACCAUCCCAUCGACAUCGAGACCUCCGUCAUCAGGACGCACAAGAGCAUCACCGAGUGCGCCGUGUUCACGUGGACCAACCUGCUGGUGGUGGUGGUGGAGCUGGACGGCUCGGAGCAGGAGGCACUGGACCUGGUGCCGCUGGUCACCAACGUGGUUCUGGAGGAGCACUACCUGAUCGUGGGCGUCGUGGUGGUCGUCGACAUCGGCGUCAUCCCCAUCAACUCCCGCGGUGAGAAGCAGCGGAUGCACCUGCGCGACGGCUUCCUGGCUGACCAGCUGGACCCCAUCUACGUGGCCUACAACAUGUAGCGCCCCCUGGUGGAGCCGGACCGGCUGCUGCUGAGGCUCAGUGUCUGGGAGGAGUCGACUGGUGCUGCCCUGAGCUUCGUCUGUCAGGCAGAUCUCCUCCCAGGCUGGUGUUUGGAUUCGUACUCAGAGGAGAGCAGCAACCUGAACGUCCUGCAGGAGGCAGCAGAGGACAAUCGCUAGCAGCAAAGAUUCUGGCUUUCAAAUCUUGGUGUGUCUCACGUUUUAUUUUCCUGUUGAGCAUUCGCCGAAGUCGCUUGUCUGUUCUGUUUUUUUAACACGUCCUCGAUAAAGUUUAGGCUAUUUUUUGAAAACGAUCUUUACACAAAACCAAACUGUGGCAGAAACGAUAUUUUGUGUUUUUACGAUAUCGACCGUGUCAGAGACGUGUUUUGAUACGAGGGAACGUUUCCCUCCGGUUAGCGAGCGCUACGUCCGUCUCACGCUCGCCGGCGGCUUUGAUUUGAGCGUCGUUUUCUGGCAGCGUGCUGCUUUCACACAGGAACAGCUGCAACCUUCAAGCCAAGCGAGCAGCUUCAGCUGAAGCCAAAACACGUCAGUUCAUAUCAUGUAAGUAUGUACAAAAAGAAACCGACUUAAUUUAUUUUGUUCCUCUUCUAGAAGUUUAUGACGAGACGUUCAAGAAUGUUUUGCUCUUGAAUAUUUGCUAAUAUAAGAAUAAAAGCAUGGAGCUGUGGAGCAGAUGAUGACAGGUUAUACGACUGAACAGAUGCUGUCGGUCGACUCUGAGGAGUUUUAUUCCAGCUUUGAUCUGAAGAGUUCUGAUCCAGAAGAGCUGGAUCAGACGUCUAGUUUGUGCUCUUCAUACUUUUUACAAUCAGUAAUUUAUGUUUAAAGAAAAACAAACUGUGUAAUUUGAUAAGUUUGAAACCAACAGAAGCUGAAAAUGAGUUUUUUUGUUCAGACAUUAAACAUGAGGAACGUGCUGCUUAUCAACACGCUCAAAGGGUUUCCCUCAAUGGUUCUGACUUGUUCUAGUUUUAGUUCCAGACGUGUUGGAUUCAGAACCUCUGACGUUUAAACGGGUCAGACUGAAGCUUAAACGUCUUCAGCUGGCGGUGAUCACAGAUAUCGUUUUGUUACUGAACCAACGGGUUGACUAGGAUACAAACUGAGCUUUUAUUGUGUAAUUCUCCAGCUGAGAGUGAAACUGUUUCCUCAAAGAAACUUUACGGAGUGGAUCCGAACCCGGAGAUUAAAUGCUUAUCAGCACAAAUGUGAAGUCCGAUCAACACGAGGCCGUUUUCUAGCUGUGAGGCAGAACCAGCAGCUUCCAGCUUCAUCUGGACUCUGGUUCAGAGGUUUGCUGCCCUCGUGUGGCGAGCUGAGGAAUCACUGCCAGUCCGAUUUCAGCGUUUGGAUCAGAACUCUUCACGUUUAUUUGGGAACAAACAGGUUUUCUGAUCCUUGCAUGUAAUAAACAGAGUUUGUGGAGUGAAACUCCUCGAUGCCGUCGACCGUCAGCCGGCUGGGAGCGGGUCGGGUCGGGUCGGGUUGUAAAUACCAGAGCGAGUCCUUCAUAUUUUUACACGACGCUUCAAUCAGGGCUCAACAGAAGAUGUCAGAACAAUCAGGAGGAGGCUCUUCGUCUUCGAAUAUUUCGACGUUUAUUUUGAAAAGACAAAAAGCACUUUGUUCACUGUUUGUUCUCUUUUAUCAGCAGAAUGUUUGUUUUUUAAAAGGUUUUAAAAACGUCGUAUUUGAGUUGAUGUUUCAGUUCAAUAAAUAAACGGUUUUGACAAUAAAA